CCCCAUUGGGGGGGGGGGGGGAGACUAAAAUACGCCGGGGAGUCGCCGUCUUCUUCUUCUUCUCCCCAAUCCACAAACUGUCAGUUUUUCUGUUAUUCCUUCGAAGCCAAGCCCGGGAAGGGAAGGAAGGAAGGAUAAGCGAAACCGAGAAUGUAUUAUCUAUGUAGGUAUGAUGUGUAUUGAACAGUGAAUGAAAUGAAACCCGAAGAAAAGCCAAAAGUCAGCAACGGCCUCUGAUCCGUCAGCAGUUUUCACGUUUUUCGAAGGCACCACCAUUACCAGGCAGCGCAGAGUUCCGCCGCCACGUGGCGGGAACCAUUCAACCUGCUGGUGUGCGUGUCCAAAUUCGAUUCCUUGGAACCAGAAUGGAAUACUCCUUGCUUUCGCGAAAAAGCCCGAAUUUGUGGGCGUUGGUUCAGACGAGCAUAAAUUUUUUAGGUGAACCUUUCUAUUAAAUGUAGUCAGAUGGUUUCCCGCAUUAACAAGGGGCAUCGGGUUCGAUUCUUGGUUGGCAGUUGGUGCUGGUUCUGGUUCUGGUGCUUCAACUUCUUCACCUAGUUGAAGAAAAUGGCUAUUUAAAUAUGAUGAUGCGUGUUGCCAAAGGCCGUUCAUUUUCUCUCUGCGUCUCUUUGUUUUCGAGCUCCCCCUGCCCUUCCUCCGCCUCGUCAUUCUCUUCAGGAACGCUGCAGUUUCAUUCCCGAGCUUCAUGUUCUUCAUCUUCCGAUCACUUUCCGAUCAGAAGGAAGGCUAACUCAAGCGCAGGGCACAGUCAUUAUAAUCUGUAUACCUGUAGUAUCAUGGACAAAGUAGCACACAGUGAGAGAACCUUCGAUGAUAGUGAUACGCGUCCUUUUGUAUGGUCGUCCCCUGAAGGAGGAAGGAAGAUUGAUAUAGGAAAGCAAAUCUUCUGCAAUAGAUCACUAAACAUGAGGAAUAUUGUUGCUGUUGGGUUCGACAUGGAUUAUACUUUAGCCCAGUACAAACCAGAGACGUUUGAAUCCCUUGCGUAUAAUGGCACAGUGAAAAAGCUGGUUAAUAAUUUGGGAUACCCUUCAGAGUUGCUGGAGUGGUCAUUUGAUUGGACAUACAUGGUUAGAGGACUAGUCCUGGACAAGAAAAGAGGCAACAUUCUGAAGAUGGACAGGCACAAGUAUGUAAAGGUGGCGUAUCAUGGAUUCCGAGAACUAUCAAAGGAAGAGAAAAUGUCUGCAUAUGGAAAUACAUUGAUUCGGGAUGCAUUUGACGAGCCGGAAUAUGCACUAAUUGAUACCCUCUUUUCUCUGGCUGAAGCCUACUUGUUUGCGCAACUCGUCAACUUCAAGGAUCACAAUCCCGGAAAAAUCCCAGCAGACUACUCUCGUAUGUAUAAAGAUGUUCGGGCUGCAGUUGAUUUGUGUCAUCGUGAUGGUACACUAAAAAUGAUGGUUGCAAAAGAUCCAAAAAGGUACGUCAAUGAGAACUCCUCCAUUGUUCCCAUGCUAAAGAUGCUUAGAGAUUCUGGACGAUCUACAUUUCUAGUGACAAACAGCCUGUGGGAUUACACAAAUAUCGUGAUGAACUUCCUCUGCGGGCAAAGAGCAGUGGAUGGGGCAUCUUCCUUGAAUUUUGAUUGGCUCAAGUACUUUGAUGUUGUUAUUACUGGCAGUGCAAAACCAAGGUUUUUCCAUGAUGAAAUCCGUUCUAGUCUUUUCGAAGUUGAUCCAGAGUCAGGUAUGCUUCUCAAUACAGAUAAUGGGACGCCAAUGCCUCAGGUAGACAGUUCUCUAAGGUUGCCUUUGAAGAGGUCAGACAAAAAUAGCCAAGUGUUUCAGGGUGGAAAUGUUGGCCAUUUGCAUAAAUUACUGUCUAUUGAGUCCAGCUCACAGGUGCUUUAUGUUGGAGAUCACAUCUAUGGAGAUAUUUUGCGGAGUAAGAAGGUUCUUGGUUGGAGAACAAUGCUUGUUGUUCCGGAGCUUGAGAAAGAGGUUGAAUUUCUCUGGACAUUAAGAGAUUCCCGCAAGAAACUUCAAAUAUUGAGGAAUACGCGUGACCAUAUUGAAGACAAGAUACAUCAUCAUCUGAAGUGGUCUCUCAGGCCUGAUAAGAAUGUUGUGAAUGAGGAAGAGCCACAGGCAGAGCUUGACUACUUACAGGCUCAGCUGGAGGAAGUGCGAUCGAGUCACCAACAAGCGCAACGUGAAUGCCAUCAAAAGUUCCACAAGGUAUGGGGACAGCUGAUGAAGACGGGAUAUCAAAAUUCGCGGUUUGCACAUCAGGUUGAAAGAUUCGCUUGCCUUUAUACCAGCCAAGUGACGAACCUGAGCCUCUAUUCGCCGGACAAAUACUACAGACCGAGCGAAGAUUUCAUGCCCCAUGAAUUCGAUAUCCUUUCUCCAUGAAUAUAUAUACAUAUAUUUAUUGCUUUUGUGUGGGGUUUUAUGUCAAAAACAUGUACAGCUUGAUGUUCUUCUGAAAACCUGAUCUUGUGCUGUUUGCAAUUGGCAAAUGUAUAAUAUGAUCGAUCAUCUUUGUUAUCAAGUCGAAGCAAAUGAUGAAUCACAAAUAUUCUCCAAUCUUUACAGUA